GCCCCUCAGUUUCAGACUGACUCAGAGCUGCUCGCAAACAUGAAGUCUUUCUGCCUCCUCUCUCUGAUCCUCCCGGUCCUCUCAGUCCGGGACUCUGCCCCUUUGGGAUGUGGAUCUUGUGACCUGGCUCAGUGUGCUCCUCUCCCAGCGGAGGGCUGUGCUGCCGGCUCUCUGGUGGACUCCUGUGGCUGCUGCUCUGUCUGCGCUGCCGCAGAGGGUGAGCUGUGCGGAGGUCGCCGGUCGGCAGCUCGCCGCUGUGGCUCCGGUCUGGAGUGUGUGAGAAGCAGCGAGAACAAGAAGAACAAGAUGGGAGUCUGUGUCUGUAAAAGCAAAUACGAGGUCUGCGGGACAAACGGAGUGACCUACAGGAACUCCUGUGCACUGAAAACUGCAAGCCUGAGAGCCCAGAGUGAGGGAAAAGAACCUGUCAACAUGCAGAACAAAGGUCGCUGUGGUUCAGCUCCACUCAUUGUUACUCCUCCAGGUGAGGUGUACAACGUGAGCGGCUCUCAGGUGUACCUGAGCUGUGAGGUGGUGGGCGUGCCCACACCAGUGCUAACCUGGAAGAAGAUCCUCAGUGGGAAGAAGAUGGAGCUUCUUCCUGGAGACCGUGACAAUCUGGCAAUCCAGACUCGAGGAGGACCGGAGAAGCAUGAAGUGACCGGCUGGGUGCUGAUCUCGCCUCUGACCAAAGAAGAAGAAGGAUCGUACGAGUGUCACGCCACAAACGCCAAAGGAGAAGCUUCAGCAGUUGGAGCAAUUCAUGUGGUUGAGUCCAUCAAUGAGCUCACUGCCAGGAAAGUGACAAAGGAAGUCGACCUGUGAUCAGCUGAUCGUCUCAGGAAUCCCAGACUUUUAACUUUCAGUAAAACCUGAAUCCUUUCAGUCGUUUUUAGUUUUAAUCCAGACUUUUUCAAACUUCAGUCUUUUGUUCUACAUGUUAUAUUUUUUGUUAUAUUUGUAACUUUUAAAGUAUUUUUCCUCCUCUGGGCACCAGCGGAAGUUUGAAAUGGUGAAACAGGUGUGUGUAUUUGUUUGUUGCAGUCUACACAUUAAAUAUGAACCUUAAACUGCAUGUUUUUCUUCUCAAUUUAAUAAACCAUAAUAACGUUG